AGAUAAUAAUCAAUUAGAGCCUCUCUACUGAAGUCAGAUUAGUCACUCUUCGAAGAAAAAAAAAAACCCCCAAAUAGCGUAAGGAUAAGCCUCGCCGGCGACGAAAUCAGGGUUUCAUCGAACAAGAAGAUGGCUCACGCUUGCGUCUCCACAUCAGCUUCCUCUCUCAGGUUUACAGCCGGAUUCGUCUCCGCGAGUCCCAACGCCUCCUCUUUCGAUUCUCAGAAGCUUUCCCUCCCUUUCGAGCCUCUUCGUUCAAGAAAGACGAAGAAGUUGGUUAGCGGCAGAAAGACGGCUCCGAAGGCUGUAUACUCCGGCAAUGUCUGGACUCCGGAGACUCCUUCGCCUCAAGGAGUUUGGUCCAUCAGAGAUGAUUUACAAGUCCCUUCUUCGCCGUAUUUUCCUGUGUACGCUCAAGGACAAGGACCACCUCCCAUGGUGCAAGAGCGUUUCCAGAGUAUCAUAAGCCAGCUCUUCCAAUAUAGGAUUAUUCGUUGUGGUGGUGCUGUGGAUGAUGAUAUGGCCAACAUAAUCGUAGCUCAGCUUCUUUACCUCGAUGCUGUUGAUCCUACUAAGGAUAUUGUUAUGUAUGUGAACUCUCCUGGUGGAUCAGUUACAGCUGGCAUGGCUAUAUUCGACACUAUGAGGCAUAUCCGACCUGAUGUCUCCACUGUUUGUGUCGGUCUAGCUGCUAGUAUGGGAGCCUUUCUGCUUAGUGCUGGAACCAAAGGGAAAAGAUACAGUCUGCCAAACUCAAGGAUAAUGAUCCAUCAGCCGCUUGGUGGAGCUCAAGGUGGCCAAACCGAUAUCGACAUUCAGGCAAAUGAAAUGCUUCAUCACAAGGCAAACCUAAACGGUUACCUCGCUUACCAGACUGGUCAAAGCCUAGAGAAGAUAAACCAGGACACAGACCGUGAUUUCUUCAUGAGUGCUAAAGAAGCAAAAGAUUACGGGCUUAUCGAUGGUGUUAUCAUGAACCCUCUUAAAGCCCUUCAGCCACUUGCAGCAGCUUGAUCGCCUGAAGGUAGUGUUUCGGCUUAGCACAUCUAUUUUGAUGGGUUUCCAUAAAAUGUGCGUUUGAUUCUAGAAAGAAAUCAAAAUCAGUAGCUGAUACAUACAUGAAGAACAAGUAAAGUUUUCUUUAUCUGCUGUUUGAUUGAACAAUGACUUUGUAAUGUUUUGUUACUUUGUAAUCGAAUUAUUGGCCAUUCUUA